AGGGCUUUGCCGGGCACGGGCGGCAGCCGCGGCCGGAGCGGGCUGGCAGCCUCCGCCGCCGGGCUCCAUGGAGAAGGCGGCAGCGGUGAGCGAGGGCGGCGGUAGCAACAGCAGCAGCCGCAGCAGCAGCCGCCCCACGUCGGCGGGCUCCUCUCCUUCGUCCUCCUCCGCCAGCCGCGGGCUGCCGGGCCGGGCGGCGGCCGCGGGGAGGCUGGAUGGAGGCGGGGGGGCCGGCGGCGGCAGCAGCAGCAGCCCCGGCUCGGCGGCGGCCAGCCCGGGGGGCGCCCAGGCGCCCGGCGGCGGCAGGCGGCGGGAGCCGGUGCUGGAAGGGACGCUCAGCAAAUACACCAACCUCCUGCAGGGCUGGCAGAGCAGGUACUUUGUGCUGGACUUUGAGACGGGGAUUCUGCAGUAUUUCGUGAAUGAACAAAGUAAAAACCAGAAGCCACGAGGAACCUUGUCUUUAGCUGGAGCUAUAAUAUCACCCAGUGACGAAGUGCCGCACAUGUUGGUGGUCUACUCUGCUAAUGGAGAGAUGUAUAAGUUGAGAGCUGCUGAUGCAAAGGAGAAACAAUACUGGAUAACUCAGCUUCGAUCCUGUGCCAAACAUCACAAGGAAGGUAAUUCUAAGAGCAUUUCAUCCUCACGAAGUAGAAGCUCAUCUCUGCUGCCGCCUGGGACAGCUAAUUCUGCAUCUCCUAGUGGCCAAAAACAUAUGAAUCAAAGUGGGCCAACUGUUGUAACCAUCACACAUCACAAAUCACCUGCAGCUGCUCGAAGAGCAAAGAGCCAGCGUUCUGGUCAACUCCAUGAAGUCAGAGAGAUCAUGAGCCAAGUUGAAGGACAACAGAAGAACCUUGUACAAGCCAUUGAAGCUCUUCCAAGUUCUGGGCCCCUUUCUGCCUUGGAUCAGGACUUGCUGCUUUUAAAAGCUACCUCUGCUGCCACCCUGAGCUGCCUUGGAGAAUGCCUGACUCUAUUACAGCAAAGCAUGCAUCAAGUGGGCCAGCAUCAUAACAGGACACUGUCAUCUGAAGGUAUCCUGGGGUGGCCUGGGCCCAAGUCACACUCCACAGAGCAACUGAAAAAUGGUGCCCUCAGCUCCUUAUCAUCUGCUAGUGCCAACAUUACAUGGGCAAUAGUACCGUCUGCAGCCCAGGAUGGACAGGCACUGCAACCAAAUACAGAGCAUUCAGCUUCUGAGUUGAUCCUAGUUGAAGAUGAAAUGACAGAUACUGAAGAUAAUGAAGAGGAGGAUUUAGGUGUCAUGGAUGAUCAACGUAGUGUAAUUCUCCAUCUCAUCUCUCAGCUCAAACUUGGCAUGGACCUUACCAGGGUAGUGCUUCCAACAUUUAUUUUGGAGAAAAGAUCCCUGCUGGAGAUGUAUGCAAAUUUCAUGGCCCAUCCAGACCUGUUUUUGUCAAUUGCAGCUGGAGCCACUCCUGAGGAAAGAAUUAUCUGCUUUGUGGAGUAUUAUCUAACAGCUUUUCACGAAGGCCGAAAGGGAGCGGUUGCCAAGAAGCCCUAUAACCCUAUAAUUGGUGAAACGUUUCAUUGCUCGUGGGAUGUGCCUAAAGAUAAAGUGAAAGCAUUCAGAACUAACGGUGCCUCCACGGUUUCUAAGGACCCAGCCAAGGAGUUUGGCCAGGACCAGUCCACGUGCUACAAGCUGAGGUUUGUAGCUGAACAAGUAUCGCAUCAUCCACCGGUCUCUUGCUUUUACUGUGAGUGCAAAGAGAAGAAAAUGUGUGUGAACGCUCACGUAUGGACCAAAAGCAAGUUUAUGGGCAUGUCAAUAGGUGUUUCUAUGGUAGGUGAAGGUGUUCUUUACUUGAUGGAACAUGAAGAGGAGUAUGUUUUCACCCUGCCUAGUGCCUAUGCUCGCUCGAUACUUACCAUCCCAUGGGUGGAGCUUGGAGGGAAAGUCAACAUCAAUUGUGCGAGAACGGGCUAUUCUGCCACGGUCACGUUCCACACCAAGCCGUUCUAUGGAGGGAAGGUCCACAGGGUUACAGCCGAAGUGAAACACAACCCCACGAACACCAUUGUAUGCAAGGCACAGGGAGAAUGGAACGGUGUGCUGGAAUUUACCUACAGCAACGGAGAAACCAAAGUGAUUGACACUAACAAACUGCCUGUUAUCAGGAAAAAGAUUAGGCCAAUAGCAAAGCAAGGCCCGCUGGAAUCAAGGCACCUUUGGCAGCACGUCACCAGUUCUCUGAAAGAAGGUAAUAUCGAUGCAGCAACAGAACACAAGCACCGCCUUGAAGAGAGACAGCGAGCAGAGGAGAGGCAACGCGUGGCUCUUACGACGCCCUGGAAACCAAAAUAUUUUGCCAAAGAGGGCGAUGGUUGGCUAUACUUGAAUCCUCUCUGGAAGACCCAUUGACGGGAUAGAGCAGUUGCCUCAUAACUUUUCCUUAAAGGCAUUAAAAUGAUACAGUAUAUAACUUCAAGGUGUCACUGAAUAGGUUCCGUUACCAGAAGAUAAAAACGAGAAGCUGUAUACUGUGAAUGAUGCAUCUCAAAAUAACCACAAGCUCAAGUUUAUUCAGGAGCCAUUUUGUGUGUACGGAUAGACAAACACACACGCACACGUCCACAUAUACGCACAUACAUACACGCAGUGUGUAUGUGAUUGUGCGUGUAUUAUUUACGCUACAUGUACACAAGUAUAAACACUAACAGCGAUUUAAAGACCUUUUCCUCUAAGUGUUAGGGCACAGAACUCCUGCUGGACUCAGCUGGGGUUCCCCGAGUUGUGUGCUUGCAGGAUCAGGCCCUAUGCUAGUAUUUAAGAAAAUACUUUUUUAUUAGUACUGGUUAAGGUUUUUCUAUUUUUCACUUUUGCCAAAAAUGUUUUGCACUUGAAACGUGACGUGUCACUUAAUGGCAGUCAUUCUGUCUAAACAGUCAUUGAGUAACUCACUUUGACCUAAGAAUGAGACACUGACAGCGCACUCGCCCUUCGGGGAGCUGAUUUAAGAGCAUGUUUCCUGUCACUCACGAGUGUGGAUUUUCUGCCACCUUAUAAGAAGUAGCAAUACCUUCUCAAGAACAUGGUUCGCACUAACCCCUUGCGUCCUCCCUUUUUUGUUUGUUCAUACUUGCAGCUGUUUAACAGAUGUCCGGUCACCAGUGACCCAGCUGCUCUGGUAAUUUUGAUCUUGCUGCGUAAUUUUCUCUGGCUACUGUCGUGCCGAUGCUUUUGGGUUACGUGUUCCGCUAAAUCCCUUCUGGCAGACGUAGCUGUGGCGUUCCAGCUCGCUCUUGCCUCGGCUUUCCACCCCCACGGAAGAGAGGCAUAGCGCGCCACUGGGCUGUGCCUGAGGCGCCCCAGCUCACAGCCUUGCCUUUUAAGUUAAACCACCGCGGAUGCGUUCACGCUGAAAUGCCGGGAUGCGCACUGAGGCACGUGAGGCGGGGUGGGGGAGUCCUGUCCUGCUGUGAGGGGCGAGAGCCUUCCCCACCAGCCGAGAGGGGGGGUUCUGCACGCCGCUCUGGGAAAUCAGACAGAGCUCGUCUGGUCAGAGCCCUUAAUUCCGUGUUAAGGCUCUAAGCAGACCUGUAUUUUGAUUUCUUUUGCUUUUGCCCCCGGUCAAUCCAGUAGCUUGAUCUUGCUUUGUAAGGUAACCACUGUGACGCUAAGGAAGUCGAUUCUCAAAGUGUGAUAAAGCUUCGUUGCUUUCUAGUUCGUAUUCGUUGGAAGUGAAGCUGUUUUUGAGAGAAGUGACAAGAAAAGGCACAUGUAAAAUGUGCUGACUUCCACUCAGCGCCGCUUUUUACAGCACCCCAUUAAGAAACCACUAUAUUUCUAACAUACAGUAGCAUGGAUGCCUACCCUUCUGUAGUACUGAUUAAUUUUGUGCCUUUUGUCCGCUUUCUUAAUACAAUAGCUUAUGCUUUAUAAAUAUUACACAAAUAUAUUUAGGUCAAAGCACCACUUAUAUCCGUUCUUGUGCGUCCUGCAUUUUAUAAUUAUUUUUCUGGUAGAUUUUAAAAUCUCUCGAGCAACUCGAAAGGCUCAGCAGAGGUGUGUACACAAGGAAACAUGCCAUUAGUUGUUCAUUUGGACAUGCUAUUUAAUAGAUCUUUACAUUUGAACUUCAGAUCCGUAUUUAAUGAAGAUGUGGCUCCUUUUCCUCCGAAAUGCUAUUUUGUCUGCUUGUACGUACUUGCUUUGCACAUCAGAAAGAUUCAUGUUACAAAUGAUUUAAAUCCUAUUUUAAAAAAAAAAAAUGCGGACUGUAUGAGCUUGGUUUUGUAACUGACUUUUUUUUUUUUUAAAAGGAAAAAAACCACCUUAUUUUUAGGAAUAGCUGAUGCUUUUCCGUAACAAAACCAAAAUGAUGCUGUCAUAGUAAUCACUGAACUACGAUCAAGUAUCAUCAGGAAAACGUGUACUUUAUCACCUGCAAGAAUUAACUUUAUACUGGAUCUGCUCUUGUACUAGUGGUUAGUCUGACAAGUAACUAGAAGUAUUCACACAGUUUGUAACAUCAUCACACAGAACAAUCGAAAACGCAGAAUUAAACACGUGGAAACACCCUCCCAGAACUCUGACUUUCACACACCAAAGAACAAGCCACACGCUCACUACAAAUAGCCAUUGGAAACCUCUCUGUCAGGCACGCAGGCCUGCGCUCCUGAAAGAGUAGACCUCUUUCAGCUUUGAUGGUGUGACUGUCGAGGCUACAGAGAUGCUGUAGCCGUUCUUUUAAGGAGCAAUUUGAGUAAUUUUAUGCUUGUAAUUUACUGAAGAUUUUUUUCUGUCUGCAUGGUUGGUUGUUUCUGCAUGCUGAGAACAUUCCGCUUGUGCUCUGGUGAAUGGAUUUGUUCUGAUGCCGUGAAGAAUCCCCUGAUGCCAUUCCCACUGGUUCUCUUCCAAAGUAACUUGGGAGAGGUGAACAUAAAACUAGUCCUUUCUGAAAAGAUCCCAGCAGGGAGAGAUUCCGGAACAAGAUUCGCAAAUCUCAUUUUAUUUUUCUGAUAGUCAUGUGCUCAGUAUAUUUUACAGGACUGAAAAGUAAAUAUUCAUAAGCCUUAUUCUGUAGGUUGUUCCAAUAGCUGUCUCAGACUUGCAAGUAAAUAUUUUCAAGUAGCCAAUGUACACUCUGAAUUGUAAUGUAAAAACCUCCAUGUAGUUUUUUUGGUUUUUUUUUUUUUUUUGUGCACACCUGUAGAAAGCCUAUGCAACCUUUUUCUUUCUUAAAUUAGAAAUGUUCAGAAAGAAAAUUUAUACCUUUAUCAUUUAAAAGACGCUCUGGCAGUCUCUUCUGAUUUGCCUUCCUUUCAUAAUUUGUGAAUUUAAAAUGACGACGCUCACGAAUAAAAGAUUUGUUUCAUUUA